AUGCAAAGGUCGAUCUUCCAUCUGUUUGGACUACUUGCCACAGCGACAUCUGUUGUUGAAGCCAAUAGCUCAGCCUGCAAGCUACCAGCUAUUAGAGACGUUACCCUUAGCUCCGGAUUUAUCACCAAGGAGAACUACGAUUGCGCUCCUAGUACAGGCACAUUAAGGGGCCUUCUACUCUUUGUUGACUUUUCCGACGAACCCGCAACUGAAACCGCCAAAGAGCUUCAUGAUACCUUCUUCCCCGGCACCAAUCAAUGGUAUCAUACUUCGUCAUAUGGCAAGUUAGCGCUAAAUAUCACUACCAACCCCGACAAGUUCUAUAGAAUGCCCAAAACCGCCGCUAGAUACAACUUCGGCCGGGGUCUUUCCUACGAAGACCAUCUCGAAUAUAUUCUAGACGCAUUCAAGGCCUGGCAGGAGACUUCCGAUGUUCAGGUCUCUAGCAGUUCUGACCCUUUGUUCGAUGUUCUCUACAUUGUCGCGACGGCGAAUGCACGGUCCAUUUCAACAUCAGCAACUCUUACUAGCCCCGUUCACACUCUCGACAACAAAUUGAUUGCCAGUCGGGCGGUAACGUUGGGCCCGGAAGAUGACCCAGGUUAUUGGGAAAAGGUCUUCCAACAUGAGACAGGUCACGCUUUAUGUCUUCCCGACAUGUACCCAUUGACAGAUGCUGAUCCUGCCAAAUGGACCGGCAAUUGGGAUAUCAUGGCUACAAUCCAGGACCACAGCCAGGACUUUUUUGCCUGGAACAAAUGGAGAUUGGGAUGGCUUGAUGAUAACCAGAUUGACUGCAUUUCUGAAUCUGGAUCAACUACACAUCAGCUUACGGCGUUAGAGACGGUUGGUGGCGUCAAGGCGGUGGUGAUCAAGCAGAGCGAGACGGAGGCGCUUGUCGCUGAGGUGCGUUCCAACAACGGGGUAGAUAAGGAUGUUUGCUCGCCUGGAGUGUUACUUUACACUGUCUCAACUAAUGUUGCAACGGGAGAGGGACCUUUCCGCGUUAUUGAUGGAAGUCCAGGUCGCGGUUCGGCGGCUGGUAACUGCGGGGCAAAUGAAUUCGAUGAUGCGCCGCUCAGCCUUAAUGGCAGCGGUGCCAAGUUGCUCAAGGUCGACGCGUUUGGUGUCACAGUUACAGUCACAGGACAACGUGGCGAAAAUUAUACCAUCCAAGUGGAAAAAUCAUGA